AUGGCAAACGAAAUCAAGCUCAUUUCGGGGAGCUCUCACCCGGAGCUUAGUGCCAAAGUCGCUAGUCGGCUAGGCAUCAAUGUCGCCAACACAAUGAGUCUCAACUACUCAAAUCAGGAGACUAGUGUGUCCAUUGGAGAAUCUGUCCGAGAUGAAGAUGUCUUCAUUCUUCAGUCCACUGCCCCCGGAGACGUCAACGACGGGCUUAUGGAAUUGCUCAUCAUGAUCCAUGCUUGCCGAACUGCUUCUGCUCGUCGCAUCACUGCCGUCAUCCCCAACUUUCCUUAUGCUCGCCAGGACAAGAAGGACAAGUCGCGUGCGCCCAUUAGCGCCAAACUCAUUGCCAACAUGUUGCAAGUCUCUGGUUGCAAUCACGUCAUUACCAUGGACUUGCACGCCUCUCAGAUUCAGGGCUUCUUCAACGUCCCUGUCGACAACCUCUAUGCUGAGCCUUCCGUUCUUCGCUGGAUCCGCGAAAAUCUGGAGUCAGAAAACUGCGUCAUCGUCUCCCCCGAUGCCGGUGGUGCCAAGCGAGCCACUGCCAUUGCUGACCGCUUGAAUGUCGGCUUUGCUCUCAUUCACAAGGAGCGACCUCGCCCCAAUGUCGUUGGUCGCAUGGUCCUGGUUGGCGAUGUUCAGGACAAGGUUGCCAUCCUGGUCGACGACAUGGCUGAUACGUGCGGAACCCUUGUCAAGGCCGCCGAGACCGUCAACCAGCACGGUGCCAAAGAGGUUUACGCCAUUGUCACUCACGGCAUUUUGAGUGGCAAGGCUAUCGAGAACAUCAACGCUUCCUGCCUUGCCGGCUUGGUUGUCACAAACACCGUUCCCCUCGGUGAUAAGACUGACAGAUGUCCCAAACUCAUGGUGAUUGACGUCUCGGCCACUCUGGCAGAGGCUAUCCGCCGCACACACAACGGUGAAUCUGUUUCUUACCUUUUCACCAACGCUCCUGUUUAA